AUGGACAACACUUACUCUCAUCGCUACCGCGCAGAUAAGAUCCUUGGAGCCACUUCUACUGGGAGAGAGAGUCUACAUACUGGAGACGGUAUGAUCAGCACUUCCAAACCCUUGGCUUUCUCUAUCGAGCGAAUCAUGGCCAGGACACCAGAACCGAAGUGCGUCCCUUACCCAAACCUACUACAAGGAUCGGUGACCAAGGGCGAGCCAAAGCACGUGUUCCACCUGAACUCUUCCGUGCCCUGUAUGAUCCCACUGCUGCCCCUGGGUUACGAAAGCAGCUCCAAAGUUGGCCUGACCGGUUCAGAGCUCCGCAAAAGCCACUUGGAUGUUUCCUACGACUGCAAUCACUUGGUGAACUGCGGCGUGCCGGCCAAAGCGGACUUGUCUAACCACUCGCCACCGCUGGAGCAGUACAGACUCAUCCGGCCGCGGGUGGUUAACCAGUCCUCCUUCCAUGCCAUGGGGGCUCUGUGCUACCUGAACUGCGGCGAUGGCCCGUGUCCGCCCCCGGCCGCCGCCACCAUCUUCAACGUGCACCCGAUGGCCUCUUACCUGCUGGGCUCCCCCCUCGCUCUCCAGCAGAAAGCCUUCCUCACCGACAAGAACAAGGUGGUCCUGCAGCCCUCGGUGGAGCGGUACCCGGCGGCUUUUAAAGAACUCUCCCCCGCUCAGAUUCAGCACUAUGUGAAAGAGAGUGCACAGUUUCUCUCCGAAAAACUGGCCUUGAAACAUGCCUCCAAACUCAACAACAACUCGCCCGGCAGCAAACCCAAAGUUUUCACCUGUGAAGUGUGUGGAAAGGUAUUUAACGCGCAUUAUAAUUUAACCCGUCACAUGCCGGUGCACACUGGAGCUCGACCGUUCGUCUGCAAGGUCUGUGGCAAAGGCUUUCGCCAGGCCAGCACUCUGUGCCGGCACAAGAUCAUUCAUACACAGGAAAAACCUCACAAAUGCAACCAGUGUGGAAAAGCGUUUAACCGAAGUUCCACACUCAACACUCACACCAGAAUACAUGCUGGUUAUAAACCCUUUGUGUGCGAGUUCUGUGGUAAAGGCUUUCAUCAAAAAGGUAACUACAAGAACCACAAACUGACUCACAGCGGGGAGAAGCAGUUCAAAUGCAGUAUCUGCAACAAAGCUUUUCACCAGAUCUAUAACCUCACCUUCCACAUGCACACCCACAACGACAAGAAGCCCUUCACCUGCUCCGCCUGUGGCAAGGGGUUCUGCCGGAACUUUGACCUGAAAAAACACAUCAGGAAGUUACACGACAACUGCCCGGGAUCCCAUUCGUCAGCGGCAGACUUGCCCAUGGAGGAGCCUCGGAAAUAA